UAGAACCAUUAGAUGGACCUGUGCUUUCCGCAACGCCUUGCUCGCUGUGACCUGCGGACGAGUGAGUCCUUCGACUGCCAGGAAGCUUUCGGCUACGGUGCCUUCCAGAAGCGCCUGUUCCUUCUUCUUAUCCUCGCUUCCUUUUCGGUCGUCUGCCAAACUUCCAUCGCAACCCUCGUCUUCGGUGACGUGGACCACUGGUGCAAGCGGCCCAAGGGCUUGAACAUCUCUGCAGCCGAAUGGAAGAAUAUCGCCAUACCGCUAGAAGCCGACGGAAGGCUUAGCCAAUGCCGUGUCUACGAGCGUUGCAUGCCACCGGUUCACCUCAACCUUCCAAACCGGCGACGGAUGGACAGCGCCAUGCAAGCACAGCCGGACUGGUGGUUUAACGAAUGUCUGAACGCUGCCCCAGAAGCCGCCAACGACACACGAGAGAUACCCUGCGAGGAAUGGGAGUACGACGUCUCGGUGGCCGAUUCUACGGCGGUGGUCACUUGGGACUUGGUGUGCCAUCGACGCCUAAUAAGCAUUGUCGUCGUAGCACUGCAGUAUGCUGGCGCCGUUCUAUUUCUCGUCAUAUCUGGAAUGUUCGCGGACUCGCUAAGUCGGAGGAGCUGUCUCGUGGCGUCCGCUGCAGCGCUGUUGACUACCACUGUCUGCACUUUUCUGGCGAGCACUUACUAUCUUUACGCUGUGGCACGCUUCCUUUCCGGAGGCUUCGUCGCCGUGAACGAAAUCUUCAGCGUCGUGAUCCCGUUCGAAGUGACGACGCACGCGCACAGACCGCAGCAAGUCAUCCUCUGGCAAAUGGUGGGCAUCUUGUUGGCCGAAGUGUGGGAAAUCCUAAUGAGACGCGUAGCCUUGCACUGGUCACUCAAACAGCUCGUCUUUCUCGCGCCUACGGCCUUGCUUCUCCCCAUGUCACUCACCGUAUCCGAAUCGCCUCGUUGGCUCGUUGCGAAAGGACGAUUAGAGGAGGCCGAGGCGGUGAUGAUGCAGGCUGCCGAAACUAACAACUUCCCCCUUCCAAACACGGCCGCUCUUAUAAACAAGCUCAGAGAACAGUUCGAGGCGAGGACGUGUUCCCCAACAUCCAGCGACGACGAGAUGCUGGACUCUCACUCCCUGCGACGGCGAGUGCUCGCCAUGUUUGUCGCCUAUUUCUCGAUGACGUUCUCGUAUUACGUGGCCGUGUUCGCGACGGCGCCAGUCCAAGAGGCUUGGAUCCCGUACGGCGUCGUCGCAGCCACGCUCUUGGCGUGCGUUGCGAUGUACGUCCUGGUUACCGGUAUCGCCCUAGUGACAGUGAUGGACACGUGCCUCGUGAUGAUAGCCGUCAUCGAUUGCUUGCUGAGUGCUACCGCCGGCGCUGGCGUGGCCACGAUCACGAACAUUCUCAUCGUGCUCCUUAGAGGCGUGUCACUAGCCGUGCUUAUUCACAUCUUGGUGUUCGUCAUGGAACUCUUUCCGUCGGCCGUCAGGAGCGGCGCGUUGUGCUGGGUGUUCGCUAGCGGACGCGUGGGUGCCCUGUUCGCGUCCGUGACCUUUGUCCUGCAGCUUAAUGGUCGUGUGGACGUGGCGUUCGCCAUCGCCGCCUUUCUCUUAUUCUUGUCUCUGAUGGUGAUACGGGUCCUUCCCCGCACGACCAUGGUCGAGCAGGCUAAAGAGGCCAACCUCGGUUCGUCUUCCACCAGGAACACCAUGGAACACAUGAGACGUACUCUCGAGCGGCAGACAGAUCGCAAGACCAGAUCCGGAUCAACCGAGGGCCCGAAGAGCCGGAAGAGUCUCACUAGUAAUACGGACGUUUCUCAUAAGACGUCUGCAGGGCGACACGGCCGCAAGCUUAGCCAGAACCUCAGAUUGCCGAAAAGCCGACGUCAAUGA